AUGAUAGUUAUCAGCGGAAUUUUUGUUUUCCCACCCGCGCCACCAUAUUCCCCUCUUGUAGUGUACCUACCGAGCAGUGUGCGCAGUCCCAUCCCUUCUUGAUUUGGUGAUCUCUCUAUCAGUAGAUAGGGUCUGUAAUAUUUAAGAUCCUAGGUCUCCAGAUCCUUGCGAGAGAUGGUCUCUGUGUGAACUGUGUUAGCACGUUCGUGACCUAACUGGUGUAGGACACUCUCUGUAUUGAGGAAUAAGUGUAUCUGUACUGAAUAAGAAGCUCUUACUUUGGAUAGUACUUGUUCUCUUACUUUCGAUUUUCUUAAUCUUUGUCGAACCAACAAGAAUUCUCCCAACAUCAAUCAAACUGUGUACUAGAAUUCAGAAUUCUCAUUAGCGUGUACCUACAACAGCCCUGUACUUGGAGGUGAUUGAUGCAUUUAGUGAGUCGUGUUUGGAGAAGAUAGUCCUCAAAUUUUUUUUGGAAAAAUUCAAGUCACACAUUAGUAGAAGUUCUUGAGACCAUGAUCAUGAACAG